CCGCUGCGCUAUGCAAAAGAAAGACUUGGGCGGCAGAGACGCUGCAGAAGAGCCGGGUGAUGACAGGCCAGUUGGCGGAUCCUAGCCUUUCCUCCGAUCCUGGUGGAGGGGCGUGGCCAGGACUGGCGCAUGGGUGGGGUGAGGACUUGAUUCCCUCUGGGAUCACCACGCCCCCUUGCGGCUCUGCGGACCCCGCCUUAAGGGGUGCAAGGCGGUGCACUGGCGGGGCGGGGACUCAGGACAAGGUGACUAGUGCAUACAAACAGGGAGACCCAGGAGCGAGCCCCUGGCGAGCUGUCCCUACCCAUGGCCGAGGAGCCAGAGCCUGACCUCGGGGCGGCCGAUGACGCAGUGGAGCCUGUAGUGGAGAUGCCAGGCUGGAAGUCUCCAGAGGAUACAGACCCACAGCCCGGAAGUUAUGAGAUCCGACACUACGGACCAGCCAAGUGGGUCAGCACUUGUGUGGAGUCUAUGGACUGGGAUUCAGCCAUCCAGACUGGCUUCACAAAACUGAAUAGCUACAUUCAAGGCAAAAAUGAGAAAGAGGUGAAAAUGAAGCUGACCGCUCCAGUGACAAGCUACGUGGAGCCCGGCUCAAGUCCUUUCAGUGAGUCUACCAUUACCAUUUCGCUGUGCGUCCCCUCUGAGCAGCAAUCCGAUCCCCCCAGGCCUUCCGAGUCAGAUGUCUUCAUUGAAGACAGAGCUGGGAUGACCGUGUUUGUGCGGUCCUUUGACGGAUUCUCCAGUGGCCAAAAGAAUCAAGAACAACUUUUGACAUUAGCAAACAUUUUGAGGGAAGAAGGAAAGGUUUUCAAUGAAAAGGUCUUUUAUACUGCUAGCUAUAGCAGUCCGUUCCAGUUACUUGAUAGAAAUAACGAGGUGUGGCUGAUUCAGAAAAAUGAGCCCUCCCAGGAAAACGAAUAAGAAAAUGAAGAUCACUGCCAGGGUCAGAACUUCUGUCCAAUGCAGACAUCAGCAGCAUUGUAAGUGAAAUAUCUAGUGUCUUCAUAAUGUAAAUACUUGAUCUACAGUAUAUCUGAUAUGUGACCCCCACACACACAAAGGGGUUGCAGCUCACAGAUUGAGAACCGCUAUUCUAGGGUGUCUUACCCUAGACACCAUCCUGAAUCAUGCUUAUUUCCAGUGUGCCUUUUGAGAAGCUUUAUUUAAGUACAGGGUAUAUCAAGACAAAUUUAAAAUCGGUCAUAGGUUAGAUGGCCUCUAUCUCUAUGAGGAUCCAGGGCCAUGCCAUGCCAUUUUCUUCCUAUUCACACGAUCACCAUCAAGUUGCCUUCUUCUGCUUGUAUUUAUGACAUUUGAAUGCUCUAACUUCCAUGU